AUGUUCUGCGUGAAGAACAUUUCGAAGCAGCAAAUUUCGGUGGAGGCGCAGCUGCUGUGGGGCCCCGCAGCACGGGACUACAGCCAGCUGGCGAAGGCGGAGCAGCUGGACGAGGUGCUGCUGCAGCUGCUGCAGCUGCAGGACAAGCUGAAGCUGUUUCACAACAACAUUCUGUUUUUGCGCGAAAAAGACGAAAAGAUGCGCCAGCAAACGGAAGCUGCUGCUGCCACUUUGCUGCUCUUUUCGGCUCUCAACAUUUGCCUCCUCGUGGCCGCCAGUUUGCUCUCCGCCUUUUUCUUCAAGAGGUUCUUCAGGUCCAAAAAGAUCAUUUAA